CCAGAAUGUUUUCGCGCCUUAUUUUCCUGCUAUGCCUCUCUCUGUUUUCACAGCUGCAAUUCGCCGGCGCUCGUCGUCUUUUCACUCUCGAAAUGCACCACCGGUUUUCCGAUCAUGUCAAGGCGUGGUCUUGCCGGAUCGGAGCCGGUCUUCCUCUCCACAGAUGGCCGGAAAAGGGGAGCAUUGAGUACUACGCCCUGUUGGCGAGUCAUGAUCGCGCGAUCCGCGGGCGCUUCUUGUCGAGGUUUGGAGGCGAUCUUACGUUCUCUGACGGAAACGCCACUUACCGCCUCAGCUCUUUGGGAUUAUUGCUGUAGUUUGCAUUACACAACCGUGACGUUGGGCACGCCAGGGAUCAAGUUCCUGGUGGCUCUUGACACAGGGAGCGAUUUGUUUUGGGUACCUUGUGCAACUGAAGACGAUUCGCCUUAUGCUUCUGAUUUUGACUUUCGAGUAUAUGAUCCACAUGGAUCGGCUACAAGUAGAAUUGUUACCUGCGACAGUGACCUAUGUAUGCGUGAUGAUGGCUGCAACGACAUGUCUAGUCCUUGCCCUUAUCAUGUGUCCUAUAUCUCAUCUGAUACAUCAUCUUCUGGAAUUCUGGUGGAGGAUGUCCUGCAACUAAAGACAGUAGAUAAGAAUCCAGAACUCAUAAAGGCUUUUGUUACAUUUGGCUGUGGGCAGGUCCAAACUGGUUCUUUCCUCGAUAUUGCAGCUCCAAACGGUCUUCUUGGAUUAGGAUUAGAGAAAGUAGCAGUUCCUAGUAUCCUGUACAGGGAUGGUUACAUAGAAAACUCUUUCUCAAUGUGUUUCGGGGAUGAUGGUACUGGGAGGAUUUUCUUCGGAGAUAAGGGAAGCCCCGAUCAGGAAGAGACCCCAUUCCAUAUGAAUCCAUUCCACCCAACCUAUAGUGUUAAUGUGACCCAAGUUCGUGUGGGCACCAGUGUUGUUGAUUCCCAGUUCACAGCACUUUUCGAUUCUGGCACCUCUUUUACAUAUCUUGUUGAGCCUACAUACACAAUGGUUGCAGACAGUUUCCAUUUACACAUCCAGGAUCAUCGGCGUCCACCUGAUCCAAGAAUCCCUUUUGAGUACUGUUAUACCAUGAGCCCCGACAUGAACACCAGUUUGAUUCCUGUUAUGAGCUUGAGUAUGGAUGGCGGAGGCCAGAUGGUUGUCCAGGAUCCGAUAAUUGUGAUUUCCACUCCGCUGGAACUAAUAUAUUGCCUUGCUGUUGUGGAGAAUCAAGAACUCAAUAUAAUUGGUCAAAAUUUUAUGACCGGAUACAGAAUAGUGUUCAACAGAGAAAAGCUCGUAUUGGGUUGGAAAAAAUCAAACUGUUACGGCGACACGGGAGAUUCAAAUGACUUUGAAGCUAGAUCUGUAAACUAUGCAGCAAGUGCUGGAGGUCUAAAUGGCACAGUUGAGUCUGAGUCUGCAAAAACAAAUAGGACCUCUGCUUGUGCAUCAGCAUUUUACAGAGGUAAGUUUGAUUGGUAUGCCUUCCUUUUGUCUGUUGUGUUGGCCAUUCACUGAUCCUAUAUAAUAGCACAUGAAUUUGGUUGAUGCAAAUGAAUUUGUUUAGUAAAGUGAGUAUAUA